AUGGCUUCUUCUAGUGGAGACCUAUCCGCCCUUUUCAAGGACGGAAAUCAUGUGAUCUUGCAGCCUGCGACGUCACGUGUCACGACCACGCCAGAGGUCGCCCAGCGCGUCCGAUCGUUUCUCUGGGGGGUCUUCUGGGUCGACGUUAGCACGCCGUCUUUGGCGGAGAACGGAUUUCUCGACAUCGCCCACCGACUUCAGAUCUCUGCAUCGACGUGGGAGUAUGGGUGUCAUGGGCUCGCCAACAUUUCGCGACCGUGGAUAUUGGUGCUGGAUAAUGCGGAUGACCCCAACGUCGAUUACCAGGCCCACUUCCCACCCGGCUCGUCUGGCGUGCUGGUGCUGACAUCGCGCAAUGCGGAAUGCAAGCAGUAUGCCACCGCCGAUUUCGUGGCUUUGGAAGGGCUCUCACCAAAUGAGGCGACACAACUCUUAUUGAAAGCAGCCGAUGUUGCUAGCGACCAACGUCCUCUGCUGGAAGACGAUGCGCGAGGGGUGGCGACCUUACUCCAAUCACAUCCUCUCGCCCUGAUCCAGGCCGGAGUGUACGUAGGGCGAGGGCACUGCACUUUAGAGGAGUACCCUAAAGUGUAUGAGCGUCAACGGAAGCGACUGCUCAAGUUCCGGCCGUCGCAAGCCCAAUCGCGGUAUCGGGACGUGUACGCGACGUUUGAAGCGUCGGUGGAGAUCUUACAAGCGAGCCAGACACAGUCGUCGCGAGAUGCACUGGAGUUGCUGCCCCUCCUGGCCAUGUGUGGGCCGAGUCAAUUACCGUUAUUCGUCUUUGAAGCGGCAUGGAACGGAGCGCAAAAGAUACCAAAGGAUGAAUCUGCAAACGAGGUCGAUCAUCGACUGACAGCAUGGCACAUGUCUCGUCUACCCUCACUUAUGCAAGCCAGUGAAGAUGCGUGGGAUUCGUUUCGGCUCGGGGAGGCUGUCAAUUCCCUAAGAGCUUUCGCGCUGGUGUCGACCACCGUGGACAAUGGAUAUAUGCGUGGAUCCAUGCAUCCCUUGGUGCAUGCGUGGGCGCGGGACCGUCAAGAUGAGCGGCAACAGCACGAGUCCUGGAUCGCCAUGGGGUGUGUCGUGGCGGCGUCGCGUAGUGAGCGCGAGAUGUGGCGAGUGCACGGGCGGCACCUAAAGCCUCAACUUCAAGCGUGCACUUAUCACCAAGGCACCGCAACGCUGCACCUGUAUACUCACCAUCUGACCGCGCCCAAGGCCCCUGGAGAACCUCCCGAGUAUCUACUCAAAUAG